UGAAUAAAUCUCAUUCUAGUUAGACCAUCGUCAUCAUCCUCAGCCAUCGCCUCGCCACAAUCAUCACACAACCAACCGUAUAUCCGUACAGCAUCAUCACCAUCGUCAUCGGAUCGCAAAAGGGAGGGUUUGAGCAAUCGCACCCCUUUGCAACAACGAAAGCCAAAAGCGGUUCGCUGAGCAGCACUUCGUCCUAGCUUGCGCACCGCCUGUUAUAUGCUUCCCCGGUGUGGAAAUUGGGAAAAAGGACACCACCACCGGGGCCGGGCCGGGUGUAUGCCUUUUCGAUGAAGCUGCUGCUGCUGCUCGACUUUCGACCCUUGCCAGUGGGACCGAUGCAACCAGUGCGAGAUCAGCAAUUCCCGGGACUAGAACAAGAGAAGGUCGUAGUAUCCUGAGCUACUGUAACACUAGUGCGCGCCAUUCACUCGCCCGAUACUCGUUGAGGUGCAUUGUCGUUGUCGUAACGAUGGGGUAUAAGCUUUGAAUAACAUUUAACGAUAAUCGUUUAUUGGGUUUUAUUGAUGAGCAGCAACUUGUUGUGAGGUGAAUCUGUGCUAACCAUAGAAGUUUUCACAAGGAUGACAAGAGGUAAAAAGUGUUGAUGAAAGUGUGUGGCAGCAAAAUGCUAGUGAAGUGAAGUGUAUUGGAAAUCCCCAAGUCAUAAUGUCAACCGCCUUCAUGGUCGACAGCAUUCUGAAGGAGAAAGACCUGGAGCGGUGUCCCAUCAGGCAUCACCGUACGUUGAGUGGGAUAAGUGCCGGCGGGGACUCCUCGGUGGCGUCUGUGUCCGGUUCGGAUAGUGAGUUCGAAGAACAUGCGUCCGAUAUGAAGGAUUCCAACAGUCUGUGCGAUUCUCCGAAGAGCUUCAACAGCUGUCACAAUGUGAACAAUUCGUCCUUCUCGGACGACGAGCUGGGUCCGGCCUCGGACAUCCGGUCCUACAACAAUGGGGCAAACGAUGAAAACAAUGCAAUACUGAUGGAUUAUUGCUGUGGCAAGUGCGGUCACUAUCAGUCGGAGCCGAGUCCUUCUGAGCACAGGCAGCACCGGCUCAGGAUCGGCAGUGUGGGUCCGGGUGGGGAUGCUGGCGAGGGGCUGCACGAGAGGCACUUUCCCUCCGGUGAGGGUGAAUAUGAGUUUCGGUGUGAAAAGUGUGGUUUUAGUGAAUUUAUUGCUUCGAAACAGACGAUACUGAAAGAAGUGGCAAAGCCGGUGCUGAAGUUCAGUGUGUCAGCGAUAUUGGGUGAUAAGAAGGAGUGUGUGAAAGUGAGAAAUGAGUUUAUUCAACCUCAACAUCUUUGGCCUUAUAUUCAACAAAAUCUAAUCCAACAAAAUCACCUAGCGAAUACUGCUUUUCUCGCAAACCAUCAUUCCCCGCAUCAUCACCACCACCAUCAGCAACACCCUCAGCAGUCGAACUCCCCUCACCAGCAGCAGCCCCAUCACCUAGUGCAAAUAAAUGGAACCUGCCAAACCACAGGAACCAACAACAACAAUAACAACAACAACAACAACAGCAACAGCAGCAGUAAUGGUAGUAAUUGCAACGGCAAUAAUAGCUGUAGUAACAACACAAGCGAGGCUGGCAGUUUGCCAAACAGCCCGGACCUGCAAGAAGACGGCGCUCGUCUUCAGCAACAACAACAGCAGCAGCCUCGAGAUAAUAAAAUCAUUGCAAAACCACUCCCAAGCCGGCCGAUGCCUUUCCUGCAGCAUGGACUGAACCACCCGCAUCUGCACUCGCUGCUGGCCCACUGCCGGAAUCCCUAUCUGCCGGGAGGUCCUCAAGUGUUUCCACUGCCGCCGGGACAAGGCUUUCCAUGGGCGCACUCGACACGAGGGAAACCCCGACGGGGGAUGAUGCGGCGGGCCGUUUUCUCAGACUCCCAACGGAAAGGACUGGAAAAGCGAUUUCAGCUGCAGAAGUACAUCAGUAAACCGGACCGGAAAAAGUUGGCGGAACGCCUCGGACUUAAGGAUUCUCAGGUUAAAAUAUGGUUUCAAAAUCGUCGCAUGAAGUGGCGCAACUCCAAGGAACGUGAACUACUCGCCAGCGGUGGAUCGCGUGACCAAACUCUUCCCAACAAGAACAACCCCAACCCGGACCUAUCGGAUGCCCGCACGGAUCGCCCACAGUCUCUCUCGCCACCUGCUUCGCCACCCCCAACCAUAUCAGAUCAACAGCUCCAGCAUCCUCAGCAAUCGCAUUCUCCUCAGCAGCAGUCCCCAUCGCCUCAAUCCUCCAAACCACCUCUCCUAGUAGGCACAACACUCCCGAAAACAUCCGCGUUGAUCAACUUCAAGCCAAACUUCGAACUUUCCAAACCGCCAAUCGAGGGAGGCGUUGAAUUCAAGUACGAGUUCGAUGACAUCAGCGGUAACCCGGGCAACGCCCAUCAACAACAGCAGCAGCAGCAACAACAUUCGCGGCCGUCUUUGAUGAACAGCUUCUAUGCUAAUGCCGAUCGUGAUCGUGAGCUUCUGCUGGCAGCCGGUGGAGGAGCAGCACCUUUCAACGCCCGUUCAAACAGUUGCUCAUCCUCCGACAACAUGUCGUCCGGGAUGUACUACGAUGAGUACGAGUCCAACUCGGAUGAUUCGGACGAGGAGAUCAAUGUCACGUGACCUGACAGCGAGCUAGAAUCGGAAUAAACACAGGCGUGGUGCGAGGAAAUCCCAGUUUCAAUCGAUCAUCUUUACCAGCUUAGCGAAAAGAGAUUGAGUUGUUUACAGUCGCUCAUUCCCAUUUUAAGACAGAAUAAACUUGUUAGCUAUAAGAUGACACCUAGAAUAUUAAGGCAAAACGAUGUAAAUUUGUACAAGCAUCUCGAAACGGUUUUAAAGCAACCCUAAAACAUUUAGCACAUAGCCAAAGAAACGUGAAGUGAUCCCGUAGGUACACUGACUGUAAAUAGACACGCUCUGUAGCUACUCAUUGAAGCAUUUUCCAAAAAAAUAAAUCUAUUAAACCAGUUCUGAUCGUCUGCAUAAGCUUAUGGGGAGCUGGAUGGCACUUCGUCAUUCGAAUAUUUAUUGUACAUAAUUUUGAGAAUGAUCAUCAGUGUAACUAAAUCUUAUAAUGUAAAUCUUAAGCAUAUUUAAUGGACCCGAUCUAAAAGAAAGAAAAGUACUCAAGUUUAGAACUUUAUCCGAUUGUAGGUAUGGAAGUCAAAUAAAUGUAAUUCCAAAAAAAAUUAAAAAUGCAUUUUUGUGUGUUCCUGGGGUUCACUUGUACCACAAUCUAUUUGCCAUGUUUGGCAAGACUUUUCAAAAGAAUGUUAUUAUUCGGUUUAAGGAUUUAUCAGUCACCAAGCAAUAAUCCUGGUGGUUCCAGAAAUCGUUUUUGCUCUUCACAGCUUACUGGAUGCAUAAUCUAAUACUUAUGACUAACAUCUACUUUGCCAUGCCCUUAC